UGGGGUACCAGAGGGGCAAUAUGACCAGCAUGGCUGAACGUCAGGUGCCCACGGAACUUCCUCAAGAGGAUCUCUGGGGCUGAGGAGCCAGAAUUCUCCAGAAGGCUUGGCUGGAGGGUGGAGCUCACGUUGAACUGCUUCUUGGGGCUUUUGAUGGAAGUCUGAUCACAACGGGGGCACACACACCUCUGAAUGCUGUUAGCAGGAAGCCACAAGCCACUGAAGCUGACUGAGAUGAGAAGAAUCCAUCUGGGGAUGGGAUUGGUUUGUCGUAACUGGGUCCAGAGCUUCUGGUUGCUGCUAGAAGAUUCUUCAACCACAUGCACCCUGGGAUCUGAACAGCUAUGUUGAAAGGCUACUGAAGCCCUGCAAGAGGCUGAGAGUCGGGAGCCAGGUGAUGAGCUCUUGCUGUGCUCGCUCAUAUAAGACCUCAAGCUGUGACCUACGACCUUUGGCUGAAGAAGUUUCUACCCCCAAGAGACUCUGGCGCCAGCUUUCCUGGGGACGUGAUUCUGCUGAGUCUGCUUCUAUGCCCUGUGGGCUACUCAGGCUAUUCCUGAGGAUGGGGCUACUGAGCAGCAAGAGGCAGAUCAGCGAGAAGAGCAAGAGCUGGAGCCCUGUGAAGGCCCGCGCCCAGGGCAAGGUACCCCCGCCCCUGCCACCCCUGGUUGUCUUCAACCACCUCCCUCCUCCAUCUCCUAACCAGCACCCAGAUGAAGAGGAGCGUUUUGUGGUGGCCCUGUUUGACUAUGCCGCUGUGAAUGACAGGGACCUGCAAGUGCUAAAGGGAGAGAAGCUCCAAGUCUUGAAGAGCACUGGAGACUGGUGGUUGGCCAGGUCACUCGUCACAGGAAGAGAAGGCUAUGUGCCCAGCAACUUUGUGGCCCCAGUAGAGACCCUGGAAGUAGAAAAAUGGUUCUUCAGGACCAUUAGCCGGAAGGAUGCUGAGAGGCAGUUGCUGGCUCCAAUGAACAAAGCCGGCUCCUUUCUCAUCAGAGAGAGUGAGAGCAAUAAAGGUGCCUUUUCCCUAUCUGUGAAAGACGUCACCAGCCAGGGGGAGAUGGUCAAGCACUAUAAGAUCCGCUCACUGGACAAUGGAGGCUAUUACAUCUCGCCCCGGAUCACCUUCCCCACCCUCCAGGCCCUGGUGCAGCACUAUUCUGAGAAAGGGGACGGUUUGUGUCAGAAGUUGACCCUGCCCUGUGUGAACCCAGCCCCGAAGAAUCCCUGGGCCCAAGACGAAUGGGAAAUCCCCAGGCAGUCCCUCAAGUUGGUCCGGAAACUUGGGUCUGGGCAGUUUGGUGAAGUCUGGAUGGGUUAUUACAAAAAUAACAUGAAGGUGGCAAUCAAGACCCUGAAGGAGGGAACCAUGUCUCCGGAAGCUUUCCUGGGUGAGGCCAACGUGAUGAAAACCCUGCAGCAUGAGAGGCUGGUCCGUCUCUACGCCGUGGUCACCAGAGAGCCCAUCUACAUUGUCACGGAAUACAUGGCCAGAGGAUGCUUGCUGGAUUUUCUGAAGACCGAUGAAGGUAGCAGAUUGUCCCUUCCAAGGCUGAUUGACAUGUCAGCCCAGGUUGCAGAAGGGAUGGCUUACAUAGAGCGCAUGAAUUCCAUCCACCGUGACCUGCGGGCAGCCAACAUCCUGGUGUCUGAGACCUUGUGCUGCAAAAUCGCUGACUUCGGCUUGGCCAGGAUCAUCGACAGUGAAUAUACUGCCCAAGAGGGGGCCAAGUUCCCCAUCAAGUGGACUGCCCCAGAAGCCAUCCACUUCGGGGUGUUUACCAUCAAGGCUGAUGUGUGGUCCUUUGGAGUCUUGCUGAUGGAGAUUGUCACAUAUGGGCGUGUUCCCUACCCAGGAAUGAGCAACCCUGAGGUCAUCCGUAGCCUGGAGCAUGGCUACCGAAUGCCAUGCCCAGAGACAUGUCCGCCUGAGUUGUACCAUGACGUCAUCACUGAGUGCUGGCGAGGCCGACCUGAGGAGCGGCCUACCUUUGAGUUCCUGCAGUCAGUGCUGGAGGACUUCUACACAGCCACGGAGGGCCAAUAUGAGCUGCAGCCUUAGCAGCAAAUAGGCUCUUCAGUGUUCCCUGCCUGAGUCUCCUUCCUGCUGGACUCUUGACUUUGAGUUAAUAUGUUCCCAUUUAACUAGCUCUUCUUUCAGACUAGGUAGGCUGCAGAGUCGGGGUGGAAUGGCGGGCCUGCUUCUCAAAUGAGGGAGCCAGGAGACAAGGGUGGCUUCGUGGUGGGGCAUGGACUCUCAAGGUACAACCUUGGUCCACUCUUGCCUUGGCCCACCCUUCCCUGGCUGUGUGCCUUUGGGCAAGUUACUUAGCUGCUCUGUGCCCUCCAUUCCUUGAAUGUAACACAAAGAAGGAUUGGGUUAGAACUUACCUCCGGGGGUUGGGGAUUUAGCUCAGUGGUAGAGCGCUUGCCUAGCAAGCGCAAGGCCCUGGGUUCGGUCCCCAGCUUCGGGGAAAAAAAAAAAAAAAAAAAAAAAAAAGAACUUACCUCCAGUUGCGUUCAGACCCAGGAUGAUUCCGAGAGCGGGUCUGGCAGGUUAGCAAAGGACAGUGUAUGAAGCCCUCAUAACCCAGAAGGCAGCUAGUGGCUGGCGAUCGAUCAGAGAGUUCCCAUUUCUCUCACCUUGAAAGACUCGACAGCAGGUGCCUCCCUGUCUGCUGCUCCAGGUAGCCCUGGCUGUAUGACACCCCCACCCCCACGCCCGCACACUUUGGGACUUUUCUAUAAUAAAGUCAUGAGAGUUUUA